GAAACAAAAAAACACAUCCAGAAGAAGAAGAACACAAAGUCCAGCAUGAUGGAUUCGGACAUUCCAGAUGAAGAGGUCCUUGUUCCAAGCCAGAAACCCAGAAUCCAGCGGAAGUCCCGGAGCCUCAGCCUGCUGACCAAGAGGUUUAUCAGGCUGCUGGAGGAGGCCGAGCACGGGGUGCUGGACGUUAGACACGCAUUCACGACUCUGGCUGUUAAACAGAUAAGAAGAAUCUAUGACAUCACAAAUGUGCUGGAGGGCAUCGGUCUUAUUGUCAAAAUUUCCAAGUGCCAUGUAAAAUGGGUAGGACGACCUUAUGAUAAAAGACUCUUAAAGCUGAAGUCUGAGCUGAAUGACUUGAAGCACAAGGAAUUCAUCCUGGACCAGCAGAGGAUCGUGGCAGAAGAAAACAUCAGGAGCCAAACAGAAGACUGGAGGAAUCUGACCUAUGUGACCCAUGAGGACAUCUGCAACUGCUUCUGUGGUCAGAUUCUUUUGGCAGCACAAGCACCACCAGGCACUCAGCUAGACGUUCCCAUUCCCAAAGCUAUCCCAAAGUGCCCGGCAAAGUAUCAGAUCUAUCUGAAAAGCAUCCGAGGGCCUAUAGACGUCGUCCUUCUUAACAAGAGAACUGUCGGCUCUGCUGCCGUUGUAUUUCCAGUCCCGCCGCCUCAGGAAAUUUUGCAGCGUGCCAAGUCAGCUAUGUCUGUGUCGGAAAAUAAAGAAAACAAUGAUGGACUCUGUGAGGCAUCAGCUUUUAUCACAAAAAGCACUCCGUAUAAAUGGGGAGCUGAGCACAACGGGCAGCCGCUUCAAAUACCAUCUUUUAUAAACGCUAACUUCAACAAAACAAGUGAGUAUACAUGUCAAAACAUUUCAAAUGAGCUUCAUAAUCACAUAGAUUCAUCCAAAGACUUAAUGAAUGCAGAUCACAACACCCACUUCACACCCUCAGAAGCGUUCUCUCCAAUCAUACAGCUGUCUACUUCCCUAUCUAAGGCAUAAGGGUCACUCUAAUUAAAGGGUUAGGGUUGAAAGUGACCCACUGUACCGUUUUUGGGGCAUCAACUUCUGUAGUUCUUCAUAAAAAUGUUUUUUUUUUUUAUGAUGUAUUUUUUAAAUAUCUGUUCUAACAAUAAAGUUUGAA